AUGAUGAGCCGACGGAUGUUGACGAAAGAGGAGGAGGAUGCCAUGGGCGACGAGGUCGAAGUUCGCCGCGAAGACCAGGACAAAAUCAACAAGUUCAGCCGCCUACACCAACACGAACUCUCAAUAGAAGAGGAGUUGAAGACAAAGAAUAAAGAGAAGGAAGAGCUCGAUGACAUCACGAACGAGCUGGAGCUUGCCGACGAGGACGAUACCGUACCGUACAAAAUCGGGGAUGCCUUCUUUCACCUCCCACUCCCACAAGCUCAGGAAAUGCUCGAACAAUCGACAACGAGGCUAGACGAGGAGAUUGGGGAACUCGAGGACAAAAUGGGCACCAUCCGGGAACAAAUGACGCAACUGAAGGUGGACCUAUACGCAAGAUUCGGGAAAACUAUCAACCUCGAAACAUGA